AUGGCCUUUGACUGCUAUUGCGCCAUCUGCGGCGUCGGGUUCUCGGGGAUGCACAUCGAGGCCCAGUCGGAAACGGCGAUGGAGCGGCGGCGAAGAUGGGUGGCCAAGAGAACUCGCGCCCUGCAGCUGGGCAAGGACUUCAACCAGGUUUCCCGCGAGGAAGGGAACGACGAACCGCCUAUUCGCAGCUACGACCCGCGCAUCGUCGGCACCGAGAAGAUCGAAUGGCUCUACAAAGCCCAUUGUCUCGCCAUGAACGAAGACUCGAAAGGAAAGGAAAAGUGA